AUGGACCAAACUGGAAAGGAUGCAUUGAAAAAGCAAUGUCCAGUGCCUUCUCAGGCUCAAUUGGCUCUUGCAAUUGCCAUAGUCAACUCAAAGCCUACAAGUAUCUCCGUGAUAGAUCACCUCCAGCAUAUUUGUCUCCACAUCAAAAGCACUCGCAAUCAUUCUCCUAGUUCGACCAGCUCAAGUGACAAAUACUUCGACAGUGUCGCCUUCUGGAAACAGGCUUAUACCAAGGCUGAAGCUACGCAGAGCAAAUUGAAUGAUCGCAUAUAUGAGCUAGAGCAGCGUGUUGAGACGUUGAAGCUCAAAUUAAAGCAAGAAGACAAUCUCUAUGAUACACCAGAACGAGGCAAGCGAAAAGGGAGCCAAGAACCGACUGUACCGGAAUCACAGAGGAAACGGAAAAAGACAAACAAUGCCUCUGCAGGGAUAGGGCUUAGUAGCGAAGCUGAACUGGAGCGGUUAACUGAGUUGGUGAUUCAGGAGAACUCGAAUGAAUCAAGGAUCAAUUCGAUUAUGAGACAUUUGUCAAUACUGCAACAGAAUCUGCAAAAGAGACCCAAUUGGCCAGUCCUAUACUCAAGUGUCCUAAAUCUAUGCACAGCCACUGGUUCUAUUGUCCCAUGUUUCUAUGAUAGCUUGGGUUCCGAACCAAGGCAAUCGAACAACACCGACAGCAACAUCAAAAUGCUCAACCCGAUAGUUGUUCUAGCGGUAAUUGAGUCUGCUCAUGCGCUUCUGUGCCGUGCUUUGAAUAAGAUUAUGGACUCAUCCCAAAGCCAAAAAUAUGAAGGCCAAAUCACGUAUCAGUUGGCCUCGCUCUUUGAAAAACUUCUAUACGCAUUGGCAAAGAUAUGUGAAUUUCAAGCUGGCAGCAGAAGAAUAAACCAGUCUUCAAAAAGUACAUCAGCAAAGAAUGCACAACAGCAGUCCUCGCCCGAAUUGUCUAACGCUUUCCUUUGCGGAAUUUCCGUCGAUGAAGUUUUGCAGAGCCUAAGACGUGUACUUGCGAGUAUGAUGUUGAAGGCAACUGCUUUGAUUACUGAUGGACCCAACAGUCUAUUUGAGGGAUACCUCUAUGUAAUUCUCACUCGCGUGGGUACUGUUCUUUCAGUGCUCGAAUUCAAAGACAUUGUUACCAGCCCCGAUUUACAAACCAGCUCAGACAAUUUGCCUUUGCCACAUGGUCUCUGUCGGCCAGGCAUAAAUGGGGAAGGCAAAACUCUUGAAGCAACUAUCAUAGCCUAUGAGACCGAAACUUGUCAUUUGGUAUGGCUCCUGGAAAAGGCCGUUGCGCUGGUACAUUCCAUUUCGAUGAAGUCGUUACCAUUCCAGAGCGCGACUGCAAUUGGUGGCGGGAAAGACUCUAAUGCAGGGAUCCUUAUUAGCCUAUCUAAGAAGAGAUUACAGAACACCUUACUUAAGGCAGUGUUUCAUGAAGACGAACCAUUGUUCUUGGAGUCUUUGAAAAAGCCACAGUGUCAUGCUGGGGAUGAAUCAAAAACUCAGAUCAAUGAAACGUCAGAACCGCCUUCGGAAUGGUUCUCGAGGGAAGUCUGGAGGUUAUUAGGAUGGGAUAUACUUGAAUCUAUCUGGAAGAAUGGAAACGAAAAUCAUAUGAAAUGA